AUGACGACACCCGUUCCUGUGCCGUCCAAGGCGGCCAUACGAGCCCUACGAGGGCUUGUCUUCGGCACAACAUGUUCCCUGGCUCUAGUCUUGGAAACUCGCCGACGGAGGAUCAGUACUGUCCAGACGGCCAUGCAUAAUGGCCAACGUAUCAAAUCGCAUGAGAGAUACCGCGCGGACGCUGCCGAUGCGACCAUUCGCGCCCUCGAGGAGGAGAUAUUGCUACAGAGCUCACGACCCAAUUACUAUGCCGAUGAGAACCCUCGAUCGCCACUCUCGCGAUACGAUCUGCCGUGGGAGGCUAGAGAGCCACUUCCCAUAGGAGGUCCCCUUGGUAGAGACGCUCCAAAAUCUCAAAACACCAGAGACCAUGUCGAGCGCCAAGAAUCACCGGAUUAUCGAGACGAGGAGCGGGCGAAAACAGGAGUUCGCACAUCAAAUACUACAAGCACAGAAACUAGAACUAAAAGGCACCUGUUUGUCCAUCACACACAAUUGAAGGAGCCACGCAGGUCGUCCGUUUCAAACGUCAAGCCAUGGUCGCGGGCAGCCCUGGGCUCAAUGAGGCUCAAAGCCGACCCCAUAAGUACAGCUGCAUCUCGAGUCGUCUCGCUUUGUGCGACGGGGAAAAAGGAAGAUCUCGUGCGAGCCAUGAAUCUCCUAGAUUCUGUAUUCGAGGCGCCAAUGCCGGUUUUGGAGCCUCACUUGCAGCAUAUUCUACAAUCUACCGCUACACUCUCUAGAGCGUUGCAGGAAGCGGGGUCCCUUUCGAGCGCCGUAAAGUUGAUGAGCGCCAUUCUUCGUCUCCACAGGGUCCAUCGUCUUGUGAUAGAUGAGGAGCUUUACUGGUCUCAUAGUCCGUUGCCGCUUGCGGAUUUCGUGAUGGCACAGGAGAUCCCGCAGUAUGACCUUGCCAUCGAUUUGUUUGCCCCGAAGUUCUCCAAAAAGCCUGGGCCUACCAACUUGGCCACUGCACUAGAUGUGCUGAAGACGGGCGAGAAACUUUUCACCAGGCUUCUAUCCCGGCAAAGCUUCAGGCGCAUGGACAAGGUCUUGAAAAGAGUAAAAUGCUACAGCGGCAUUCCUGGCGGGCAUGAAUUCGAGUUGCGCAUCCUCCGCCAGCUAUUCGAAAGCGGCGAGCGCGUGCGUGUGGUCGAGUUCUUCCUCACCCAAGCUUCGACGGACGAUAUGAGCCUACAGUACGAGUCUUGCUUCUUCGAGCUGGGUGACAUGGUCUUCGGCUGUGUAUCCGAUCUUGGCGGCUAUAAGGCUUUUUCGGUCCUGGAACGUUUGCUCCAGGCGAGACCUCAAGAUCAUCAGAUCAAGGUAGAAUGGGCGACUCAGCUGCUCUAUCUUGACUGGCGCGAGCAUGGCCAGCUAGACAAGCUGAUCCAAGGUUUUGAGGUCUUGGAACAAAGGCGUUUUCCUGAAGCUGUUUCUCACGCAGAUGCACCGUACCGAGCCAUGAUUCAAAUCAUGCUAGAGGCUGGUGAUGAGAGCGGCGCCCGGCGGUUCUUCGAGAAGCUCGUCGCCCAGAUGCCAUCGAAAAAGACCGAUGGGAGGAUCAACUUACUGUUCGCCCUUGCCCGAGCAAAGGCUGGCGACUUCGCAACUAUGCACACAAUGUUGGAGGAAAUAUCCAAGAGCCAAUGGGCAGAGUCCACCGAUCGUGCCGCAUGUCUUGUUCCAAUACUGCAGGCCUUCAGCGAGAAGCAUACGAUCAAGCAGACGGAAGAGUUUUUGAGGGACCUCUUGGAAAGUUUCCAGGUCAAGCCUUCGACUUAUAUGCUGACUUUCAUGGCUAAGUUGUAUGGAGGGGUACGUGAUACAAAGUCUCUGAUAGGCUGGAUCAAGUUUUGCAUCAACUCGGGCUUGAAGCCAGGGCCCCAUUAUACCAACGCGCUGUUGCGCAGCUGCCACAUAGACUGGAAAUUUCACUUCCUGGAACUGCGGCAGGUGCAUCGUCUUUUGCAACGGCAAGGUCCUGAAUCUACAGACCAAGUCACAGCCAACAUAAUGAGCAAGGCAGCACUUGCAUCGCCUUCGGUUCACAAAAAGGGCACCAUUAGCUUUGCUUUGUCGACAAAACAUAAGUCAGUCUCUCGUCAGGCGGUCCCCGAUCGACACACAGUCGCAAUUGCGAUGGGAAAAUCGAUCGAGAACAACACACCACUAAAAGCCGUCAAUUUGUACAAGCAUGCGGUAAGCAUGGGAAUGCCUCAUUGUCAGAGAUGCCUUCGACUAUUUGUAGACGCAUCUCUGAACCAUUAUGGGGAGGCUAAUAUUCAAGGCACGCUGUCCUAUCUGCAACGCGUGCAGGAGGAGGCAAAAGUCGACACCAGGGGCGCCAUUUCUCAUGUGCUGGCUUGGCAAAUCAAGAACAUCGACUGCGACCUGGGGUACGAGCACCUAGAGCGUCGUAUCCAAGAGAUGCUGCGAAAGAUGCGUGCCGCGAAGCUGAUCUUUAGCGGGAAAGCUCUCAACGGCGCUGCUAAGCUAUACUCUGAGGCAGGCAACCAUCAAGGGGCGAUUGGUCUGGCAUUGAUGGCUGCAGACGAGCAGGGUCUGGUGCCGGGUUACUGCGUCACCAAUUUUGCGGUUCUACUUGACGGGUACAUCCAUACUCAACAACCCGAUAUGAUUGCAGGGCUUGUUCAGACAGCCACGGCAUUAGGCCACUGGGACAAGCUCGCCAGGCGAGGCCUUGGCGUUCUCAAGCGAUUGAAGCAUUGGCGAAGUAGGAUUGAGCAGGUUGUCUUGGACAACCCUGGGUCCAUCUUGGAGAAGGCUCUUCUUCCUCUAGAGACGGCAAUAGCAGAGCUGAAAAGUUGCCGGCGGCGGUUUGAAGAGGAUGAACGGGAACUGAAAGGUAUGGUACAGGAUAUUAUCAAACAUGCUGCCCUGCAAGCAGAAAAAGACUCUGCCUGUCGGUUUCCGGGUGCUGAAGAGAUCAAGCUCGACGUCUGCCCCGGCGACAUCACGACGACGACGACGGUGGCGGCGGCGGCGGCGGAGGGGAUGGAUGGUAUUCACCACAAAGUUCAAGGCAUUGCAGAAGCUGGUUGA